UCAUUUUCUCUUUUUUCCCUUCGCAUUUUCCCACCGGGAAACCGAAAGAGACAAAGACAGAGAAAAAUCACUUUUCCAACAACGACAAUGGAGGAAAAGCACGCAGCUAUCGAAUCCGCCCAUAACGAAUCGAACGGUGUCUCUGCUGCUGCUCAUAGCGCCGACCAUGGCUGGCAGAAGGUCACCUACCCAAAACGACAGAAGAAGAAGGCCAAUGACAGCACCAAUGGCUCCGAUUCUCGCGCCAAUUCCAACAAACUUGGUCCCAACGGGACGGUGCCAGGCGCCGACACCGUCUUCCGGUCGCUCGAGCUGCAAUCGGAAGACAGGCGCCGGCGAAUUCUUGAGGCGCGGAGGGCGGCCGAUGCAGGAUUCGACGAUGUUCCGGUUAGAUCGAAGCAACGGUCUCGCGACGAUGACGAAGAUGACGACGAGGACGAUGAGGAUGUGGAUCGUUCGGCGGAGAAUGGGAAAGGGGAGGAGGCGAAGAAGGUGAAGCAAAAGAAGCUGAAGAAGCCUAAGGUGACGGUGGCGGAGGCGGCGGCGAAGAUUGACGCGGCUGAUCUGGGGGCUUUUCUCGUUGAUAUAUCGACAUCUUACGAGAAGCAGCAGGACAUACAGAUGAUGCGGUUUGCAGAUUAUUUUGGACGUGCUUUUUCUGCUGUGAGCGCUGCUCAGUUUCCCUGGGUGAAGUUGUUCAGGGAGUCAACUGUGGCUAAGAUUGUUGAUACGCCACUUUCUCACAUAUCUGAGGCUGUAUACAAGACAUCAACCGACUGGAUUAACCAACGUUCUCCUGAGGCACUUAGUUCCUUUCUGCUUUGGUCUUUAGAUAGCAUUCUUGCUGACUUGGGUGGUCAGCAAACUGUGGUCAAGGGUUCCAAAAAGGCUGUGCAACAAGUGGCUUCAAAAUCUCAGGUUGCAAUAUUCGUUGUUUUAGCGAUGGUAUUGCGUCGGAAGCCGGAUGCUCUUACUACUGUAUUACCUACAUUGAAGGAGAACACAAAGUAUCAAGGGCAAGAUAAGCUUCCAGUUGUUGUAUGGAUGAUAGCUCAGGCUUCGGUAGGAGAUCUGUCAGUAGGCUUGUAUGCUUGGUCACGGAAUCUCCUACCUAUUGUGAUUGGCAAAAGUGGUAAUCCCCAAUCCAGGGAUUUGGUUUUGCAGCUAGUGGAAAAAAUUUUGUCUACCCCUAAAGCACGGCCUGUUUUAGUAAAUGGUGCUGUAAGAAAAGGGGAACGGUUAAUUCCUCCUGCUGCAUUUGAAAUUUUGAUCCGGGUCACUUUCCCUCCAUCCUCAACUAGAGUAAAGGCUACGGAAAGAUUUGAGGCCGUAUAUCCCACUCUGAAAGAUGUGGCUCUUGGCGGUUCUCCUGGGAGUAAAGCAAUGAAACAAGUUUCACAGCAGAUAUUCAGUUUUGCUAUAAAAGCAGCAGGAGAAGACAAUCAGGAGUUAUCAAACGAAGCAGCUGGUAUUUUUAUUUGGUGUUUGAGCCAAAGCACUGAAUGCUACAAGCAAUGGGAAAAAGCUUAUCAGGAUAACCUUGAAGCUAGCGUUUCAGUUCUGAAGAAGCUUUCUGAUGGUUGGAAGGAGCAAUCAACAAAGUUGUCUCCUCAUGAGUCACUGAGGGAUACCCUUAGGAAUUUUAGGCAAAAGAAUGAGAAAGCAUUGGCUACAGGGACAGAUGCGGCUCGCCUAGCACUCUUCAAGGAUGCAGAUAAAUAUUGUAAGAUAAUCUUAGGAAGAGUUUCCCGAAGCCAUGGGUGUACAUGUUUGACCUUCACAGUUCUUGCUUUGGCUGUGGGUGCUGUUCUUUUGUCCUCCAAUACUGAAUCUUUGGAUUUUAAGAAGCUCUCUGUAAUUUUCAACUCUCCGUACUGAGCACUUUGAGAAUAUUCUGCAAUACUGGCAAUUGGUUGCACCAAGCAGCAAUUUUCUUUUAAGCCCAUCUCAUUCACAAUGGGUACAAUAAACCGAUUGCCUCGUAAUAAAGUGCAUAAUGUGGAGGUUGUAAACUUAGUUCAAAUCCUGUUCGGAUGACAGAGAAUAGUUGAGGUUAACACUGCUUUGAGGUUUAAUUUAGUUUGACCAUUUUAUAAUUUAUUUGAUGUUCUUGUUUCUGUCGAGUUUUAAAAUUUAGUUAUCUUAUUAUGCCUUUACUUUAACAAUGCUGGCAAAAUGCCAAUGAGGUAACUAUACCUUUAUUUUCAAGUCAAUUUAGUUGAAUCGAAGGAAUUUUGA